AUGGCCACUUAUGGUUUGACAAAAUUUUCUGAUUAUUCAGAAGAAGAAUUGACAAGAAUAAGCUCAGGGUUAACUCCUGAAUUGCAAAACGUUGAUCCAUCAAAAUAUGUUAUUGUUGACUCCGAAGACAUUCCAGAAGCUUUUGAUUUGAGAGAACACAAUGGAGUAACUCCAGUUAGGGACCAAGGCUGGUGUGGUUCUUGUUAUGCAUUUGGAAGUGUAGCUGCAGUCGAAAGUCAGCUUCUAAUCCACAGGAAUUUAUCGACCUACUUGAGUAUCGAAGAAAUACUUGCGUGCACCUACCACAAUAAGAAAUAUGGAAAUUACAGUGGUUGUGACGGUGGAUUGCCAGACGGAGUUUAUGACUUCGUUAAAGAUAAUGGUAUCACAGAUAACGAACAUUGGAAGUACGACGACACACAGGAGGAGUUUAAUGGAACUUGUCCUUUAGAAGGAAAACCUGUCAUAACCAAGCUUGAAGACGUCAUACUGCUUCCUCCAAACAAUGCUGAUAACUUGAAAGCUGCUCUAUAUACAUAUGGACCGGUUAGCGCUGGUAAGCUUAAGAUAUCUAAAAAUGAAAAAAAAGUUUCGAAAACUAUCACUAUUAUAUAUCAACAAACACUUUCCCCCUUGUUGAUAUGUAUUUUAUAGUAAUUUUUAAGAGCUAAACGGCUUUCUCCUGGAUUGUUAUGAAGGAGGAAUUAUUACUAAAGACUACCAUCACAAUCGUACCCAUCUGGUAUUGAUAGUCGGUUAUGGUGAAGAAAAUAACACCAAAUACUGGUCGGUCAAAAACUCGUGGGGUUCGGACUUUGGAGAGAAUGGUUACUUCAGAAUUCAACGUGGAGUUGACAUGUGGGGCAUCGAGCAGUGGCUGUUGCAAAUCCCAAAACUGCUUCAGUAA